UGAUCCGCCAAUAAGCGGUUCGUGUUUUAUUAAAAAAUAUAAGAUUCGAGUUGAAAUACUCUGUAAAGAUCCCAUAUACGGUGAUCUUUUCAAACAUGCAUCGAAUCUGAUCAGGGUCUGGUUUUUUCAAAUCUUGACUUGGGGGAAACUGAAAGGUUGCUACAAGUACAAGUCGAGAACUUUAUGACCCGAUCAUCAUACCUUGUAAGUUUGAGGUGAAGUCUGAAGAUGGAUUCGGUCAGCCAGUUAUUGAGGGCUUGCGAAGUUGGUGAAGGUAAUGCUGUACAGAGUCUACUGGACCAAGGCAUCCCUGUGGACUGUGAAGACAGUGCUGAGAUCACACCUCUACAAGUAGCGGCAGCCAAUGGGCACGAGUUGGUCGUCCGUCUGUUGCUGAUGCGUGGAGCCGCUCUUGACAAAUCAAACUCCUUUAGCUGGACACCGUUGAUGCAAGCUGCGCGGUAUGGACAUACGCAUGUUGUGGCUCUCUUGUUGCAGAACAAAGCUGAUCUGCAUGCUAGGAACAAACUGAAUGCCUCGGCUUUGACUUUGGCUGCCAGGGGUGGACAUCUGGCCAUGGUGAGAAUGUUGGUAGAGUCGGGGAUCGAUCUCAAUAGUUGCGGCACAUACUGUGAGUACACACCACUCAUGGCAGCCGCCCAGCAUGGACAUGACACGGUUGUACGAUUCUUAAUGGAUCGUGGCAGCGAUGUCAACUAUAGAACACCCUCCACAGGAUUGAGCGCUCUCAUGUUAGCCGCGUUGAAUGGUCAUAUGACAACGGCACAGAUUCUCGUGGAACGAGGUGGUGAUCCUAAUCUGACGAACGCCAAUGAUAAGACGGCUCUCGAGGUCGCCAUUGCUCGUGGCAUGAGGGAAGUCAGGGGCUAUCUUGAUAGGAAAACGACAAGGAGACCAAAAACUGAACCUGUGAUUGUGAAACCAGACAUCAUAGAAACUGCCAAGAAUGGAGACAUUCAGCGAAUGAAAGAGAUCUUGGCACAGGAUCCAACACAGCGUGAUGCCUGCUCGCCCCACGAUGGUGCCACCCCCUUGAUGUUUGCGGCGAUGACCGGACGCUUCGACAUGGCACAGAUGUUGAUCGAAAAAGGCUGUGAUAUCGAUAAACAGGAUACAAUCAGUGGUUGGACUGCUCUCAUGCAGGCAACAUAUCAUGGGAAAAAGAAUGUUGCCAAGCUGUUGAUCAAUGCUGGUGCUAAUGUGACGAUUCCUGCUAAGAAUGGUUGCACAGCCUUCGAUAUGGCUUCUCUCAUUGAUGAUGUUGAGACGGAGCUUCUGCGGCUGCUGGCAGCCAAGGCGAUGCAGGUCAAUAAAAAAGACAACAACAAGAGGUGGCAGCCGAGGCAGAAUGCAACAAACUCUAAUGGUGCUAUCAAUAAUACAGAGCAAGUGCAAGAAGAGCUACAGCCACCAAAGUCAGGACUCAAGGCCUGGUGGAGUAGGAUGUCAAACCGGUUCAGGAAUCUCAAGUUCGGGCGUACGUUCACUCUCACAACCAACAAGCUGUCUCCACUGCCAGAUCCAAACGCCCCGCCGCAGGAUGAAACAUUGAAGAGCAAUGCAUCAAUUCCAAGUGUUGAGGAGUCGCCCAGGCCUGUCCUGAACGAGACUGUCUCCACCAUCAGUAUGACAGAGACGACCACGUCCAUCACUUCCAACACGAGUUAUGAAACCAUGUUACAGGAGACAAAGAAGAGUGCCUCAGUCUAUACAUUGGGUAUUAACCCCCCACAUUCCAAGACAACCAAUGACAACUUGAAGCCAGUCAUUCCCCCUUUUUUACCUCCGCCAACAUUUGAGCUGAGCGAGACUCAUCGCACACGAAUGCCAUCAGGUAGUAGGAAAACGCCGACCAUGAAUGGUGGAUCCACAUUGACCUUGAGUCGCACGCCUGUCCAGCCUUUGAAGUUCCUGUACAAUAGUGGCCACACUAACACAAGUCCCUCAAGUUCUAUUGCCAAGACGCAUAGCACUCCCAGCCCAGGCUCAUCGGGAGGAGCAAGCAGCCUGGCCCCGUUCAUGAGGACUCACAGGAUUCCUCACAGUGCCAGCAGUGAGCCAGCAUAUCGGAGAUCAGAAUCUAGUCAGUCGGGCCCAUAUCCACCAAGCCUUCAAUCAGAACCAACCUUGUUCACCGGCUCCCACACAAUGCCUCCUGUCAGGCCAUCUUCGUUCUUGACUAAUGCCACACCUUCAAGACCACACUAUGCAUUCAAGUCUGUCUCAAACACAACAUCGCCAAACAGCUCCACGAGUGGUAGUUCGUCGCUGACCCCACGCCAGUCGUCAAGGGCCAAGAGUACCUCCUCCAAGGGUAGUACAGCAUCGACCUUGACGCCCUCACCGUCGCCAACACCCAAGAUUCCGGAGGGAUAUUCAACGGCGAGCUCACAUUCUAGCUCAUCACAUUACAAAACGAGUUCAGAUGAUGUUUCAGAUGAACUUGGUGGCCUCCUAAAGAACUUGUCUCUCGAGAGGUACCAGCCUAUAUUUGAGGAACAGGAGGUGGACAUGGAGGCCUUCCUCACUCUCACCGAUCACGAUCUGAAGGAACUCGGCAUCUCGCAUAACGAACCAAGGAAGCAGAUUCUUUCGGCCAUCACUGAGUUGAAUUCAGGAAAGGGCCGUGAACGACAAGUGUUCAACGAGACGAUGGCGACGUUUCAGAACACAAUGAGAAGUCGUAGUGCGUUCACCACCGGUGGGUGCAGCAUUGCAUUCUAACACAGUAGAUAGCUUUCUUGUCUAAAAGUUCUGUUGCAUUCUGGGAGGAUGAAAAUCAGCGUAAUGAAGCAGGAACUAAGUCUCGUGCAUCAUAGAUAGCUGGGAUAACUUCUGCUGUACUGCUCCUCAACAGCUACACCAGACACAAUUUUCAAAGAUCUCAUCUGAACAGAUUUUUCACCAUUAUUCAUUGAAGUGUAAAAUGAAACUCUGAGUACAAUGUCCCCAGGACAUUUAAUUUUCUUGUGUUUAGUAAUAUCUCUACUGCUGAAAAAUGUGUUUAAACAUUUUUGGCACUGCUUCUUUAUCAUACUGCAGACAAACCGUCUAAGGUGAUAUCGACUUAACUCUCUUUUUCCGAAGGAAAAACAAGGCUGUUGCUUUGUUCAUUUUGAUAAGUCAUGUAUUAAGCUUUCGAAGCUUUCGUAGAUAACAACCAGCCAGGCUGUUUUGGCAUUUCUUUGGGAGGUUGGGGAAUAUAUUUUUCAGGGUGAGCAAUUAUGAUCAUGUUAUAGUGAACAUGUUUUUCGAGGAUCAAAGUUUCUUAUAGAAAGACAGUCUUAUUUUUGGCUCACCGUAGGGGAGUCUUUACAAUACCGCAGUGUCCGUCGUCCGUCGUCGUCUGUCGUCGUCCGUCGUCGUCGUAUCCUGUUUCAAAAACAGUGGCACGUUUCUUAACCGCUAAGCCUAUGAACUUGUAACUUUGUACACAGGACUCCCUUGGUCAGAUGACCUGUGACACUAAAUUUCGAUCCGAUCUGAUUCUUAAUUUGGCCACCAGGGGGCCGAAUGUAGAUAUCUAAAAAGUGUGAUAUCUCGCUUAUUAAUGACUUGUUUGGAAUGAAAUUUUUGUGGUAGGUACUCAUAGCAAGGAUACAUCAUAUAUCAUACGGGUUUUUAAUUUGACCUACUUUUCAAGGUCACAGAGGUCAAAUGGCGUAAAUUGGCUGUUUCAGUGUAACUAUGGCACGUUUCUCAACCGCAACAGCUAUGAACUUGAAACUUGGUACAUAUAACCCCCUAUAUCAGAUAACCUCUUGUGCUGAAUAUCGGUCCGAUCUGAUUCUCAAUUUGGCCACCAGGGGGUCGAAUGUGGAUAUCUAAAAAGUGUGAUAUCUCGCUUACUGAUGACUUGUUUUCGAUAAAACUUUUGUGGUAGGUACUCAUAGCAAGGAUACAUCAUAUAUCAUAUGGGUUUUUAAUUUGACCUACUUGUCGAGGUCACAGAGGUCACAACGCAGACACAGAUAUGGCCGAAAUUGCAUGUUUUGUGUUUUUCGUGUUGUGGCAAUCCAAAGGUCGUGAGUUCAAACCCCGGUCAGGGACGGCCAAAAAUAUUUUUUUAUUUUAUUAUUUUUUAUCUUUUCCCUUUUGUCUUUUCUGACUUGUAUCUUACAUUUUCUUGAUUUUUGGCUCACCGUAGGGGAGUCUUAUGUAAUACCGCAGUGUCCGUCGUCCGUCGUCCGUCGUCGUAUCCUAUUUAAAAAACAGUGGCACGUUUCUUAACCGCUAGGGCUAUGAACUUAAAACUUUGUACACAGCACCCCCUAGGUCAGGUGACCUCUGACACUAAAUUUCGGUCCGAUCUGAUUCUCAACUUGGCCACCAGGGGGCCAAAUGUCGAUAUCUAAAAAGUGUGAUAUCUCGCUUAUUAGUGACUUGUUUUCGAUGAAACUUGCGUUGUAGGUACUCAUAGCAAAUAUACAUCUUAUAUCAUACGGGUUUUUAAUUUGACCUACUUUUCAAGUUCACAGAGGUCAUAUGGCGUAAAUUGGCCGUUAGAGUGUAAACUAUAGCACGUUUCUUAACCACUAAAGCUAUGAACUUGAAACUUGGUACAUAUAACCCCCUAUAUCACAUAGCCUCUGGUGCUGAAUUUCAGUUUGAUCUGAUUCUCAACUUUGCCACCAGGGGGCCAAAAGUGGAUAUCUAAAAAGUGUGAUAUAUCGCUUAUAAGUGACUUGUUUUCGAUAAAAUUUUUAUGGUAGGUACUCUUAGGAAGAAUACAUCACAUGUCUUACGGGUUUUCAAUUUGACCUACUUUUCAAGGUCACAGAGGUCAUAUGGCGUAAAUUGGCCGUUGGAGUGUAAACUAUGGCACGUUUCUUAACCAGUAAAGCUAUGAACUUGAAACUUGGUGCAUAUAACCCCCUACAUCAGAUAACCUUUGAUGCCGAAUUUUGGCCUGAUCUGAUUCUUUAUUCGGCCACCAGGGGGCCAUAAUGGAAAAAGGAAGAAGUGCAAUAUCUUGCUUAUUUGAGUGAAUUGUUUUCGAUAAAAUUUUUAUGGCAGGGACUUCUAGCAAGGAUACACCACAUGUCCUACGAUUUUUGGAUUUGACCUCCUUUUCUAGGUCACAGAGGUCAAAUGGCGUAAAUUGGCCAUUAGAGUGUAACUAUGGCACGUUUCUUAACUGCUGAAGCUAUGAACUUGAAAGUUGGUACAUGUAACCCCCUACAUCAGAUAAUCUCUGACACCGAAUUUUGGCCUCAUCUGAUUCUUGAUUUGGCCACCAGGGGGUCAAAACUGAAAAAGUAGGACAUGCAAUAUCUUGCUUAUUAAUGACUUUUUUUCGAUGAAUUUUUUAUUGCAGGGACUCUUAGCAAUCACACGAUAUUGAUCUUGUUGAUGUCAUAGACAAUUAUUGGUUGGAUCAUAAACUUAUAUAUACUGCCCUGUCUUAUUACUUGACAUCAAUACACAUCUAAAAAAAGUCUUCAUGCCUGAUUGUGUUCACCAUAUUCACCUCUAAACUAAGCAUGAUCCUGCCUACUAAAAGAUGUAUACGGUGAGCACAAUGGCCCCUGGCCGUUUCAUUUUGGUAAUAUUUUGAUAAUUUCGCCUGCUGAUCACAAAACAUACUUUUGGUAGAAAUUUUUACAAUCAAACAUAAAUUUGAGAUUACCUCGUAAAUAACUUGUAAAUUUGUUGUAAAGGAUCAAUGUAUAUUUUGUAACUGCUGCUAGUAUUUUAUAAUCAAUGUACAUUUAUGUCUGCUGUAGGCAUUUGUAAUACACAUACUGCAUUUGUGAUACAUCAUUAACAUAAUGUACCCUUAGAUUAGUUUAUUGUAGAGAAUUUAUUGGUCAGAAAUUUUAUAUGUAUAUUUAUGCUCACCCAGCAUGCUAUGUUAUGUUUAUAUUCGUAUACAUGUACAACCACUUUAGUUAGAUGUUUAUCAAAAUAUUGUUCACCACAUGACCUUUGUGGUCCUCCGAAAUCAAUGCAAGCACCAUUUUUAUAAUACCAUUCGAAUAUAUUUAUGCAUAUUCAUCAGUAAACCUGAUCCGCUAACUAAUCUGAAAUGGUCAGAAUAUUUCACAUUCUUAAAUGAAUUUGAAAAUUUCCAAUUUGGUAAAAACGUUUACUAAAUGUAAAUCAGCAUCAUUGCUGCUGUGUAAACAAUAUAUAACAUAUAACAAGUCUUUGCAAAUUCUUAUGCAUAAUAAGUGAACUGCGGCAUUGUGUAUAAGUGCAUUACCAUUUUCCUGGACCACCGUUAAAUUAAAGUGGUGUACCCCUCUUAGGGAGAUCAACUUCUUAUAGGUACCAGAACCAGUUGGGGCAGAUUUAGUUCCUCCAAGUUACCUACAGGUGUCCAACUAUCCCACUUCCCUGACCCCUCCGCCCUAAAAUUUGCCAGGUUCACAGAAAUGUAAAUAACAAGUAUGGGGAUUACCUUGGGGGUCACAAUUCUCCUGGAUAUGCUUUCAGUAAAUGCAAUAAUCAUAAUUCAGUCAUCACAGCAAUCAUGUCUCA